AUGGACGUGCGCAAGAAGAAGAGAAAGGUCCUCCUGAUGGGGAAGAGCGGCUCGGGCAAAUCCUCCAUGCGGUCCAUCAUCUUCAGCAAUUACGUCGCCAAAGAUGUACGUCGGCUGGGGGCGACAAUCGAUGUGGAGCAUAGCCAUGUCAAAUUCAUGGGAAACCUCACGCUGAAUCUGUGGGAUUGUGGAGGACAAGAUGCCUUCAUGGAGACCUAUCUCGCUUCUCAACGCGGCAACAUCUUCUCGGACGUUGCAGUGCUCAUCUACGUCUUCGACAUCGAAUCGCGCGAGGUCGAGCGUGAUCUCGAUACCUACAAUGCUAUCAUCAACGCCCUGAAAGAGUUCAGUCCGAACGCCUACGUCUUCUGCCUCGUCCACAAACUCGACCUCAUCCAGGCCGAACACCGUCAACGCAUCUACGAAGAACGCUCCGCCCUCAUCCGCAGCCGCUCCGAGCACUUCUCCAUCGACACCUUCGGCAGCAGUAUCUGGGACCAGUCGCUUUACAAGGCCUGGGCCGGCAUCGUCCACCGCCUCAUCCCCAAUCUCACCGUCAUUGAGCGCUUCCUGCACGCCUUCGCCAAACGCAUCAAUGCCGAAGAAGUCAUUCUCUUCGAGCGCUCCACCUUCCUCACCGUCACCUCGGUGGCCUCCGAAGUCGGCGACCUCAACCCCAUCUACGAUCGCCACGAGCGACUCUCCAACAUCAUGAAGGCGUUCAAGCACUGCGCUGCCCGCAAUACCCAUACCACCCCAGCGUCGGCCGGGUUUGUCGUCAUGCACACGAAAACGCCGCAGUUCAACGUCUUCCUCGGCCGUUUCACCGACAACACGUACAUCUUCAUAGUCGUCCCACCUGGCGAGGCCGCAUACAAUUGCGCCGUCAUGAACACCAUGCUCGCCCGCGAAGGGUUCUCCAAAGCUGCGGCUACCGGCCAAGGCGAUGGAUUCCCUCUUCCGGCGCCAGAUUCGCCAGAUGGCGAAACGAUCCUCAACUCCCACGGUUGA